AUAAGGAUUAUGAAUUAUUGCUUAUAUUUUAAAUAAUAUUUAUUUAAUGGACUUCUUAUUUAAAGGAUAUAAUUUCCUUCCACAACCGAAACAACAAAUUGCUGAAGAGACAAUUAUAAAGUUAUGCGACAAACUAGAACAUGCAACAUUGUUAGAAGAUAGAAGAGCUGCAGUUCUUGGAUUAAAAGGAUUUAGUAGGGAAUAUCCUGAGGCUGUCAUUGCGGGAAGUUUAAAGGGAUUAAUUCAAAGUUUGAGAAAGGAUCAACAAGAUUCUGAUAUAUUAAAAGUUACCCUUGAAACAAUCGUUAUUUUGUUUGAAAGUCAUGAUUCUAGUUGUAAUAAUGAUACGUCUCUUUGGCUUGCGGAUGAAUUUGUUCUUAAAAAUGAGAAUUUUGAGAUUCUUUUAGAUAUAUUAAAAGAUACCGAAUUUUAUGUUCGUCUUUAUUCUGUUAAGAUUAUUUUAUUUAUUGUUAAAUAUCGUUUAAUUGAAGUCCAAGAGUGUAUGUUUUUAAGUCAUGAUGGAAUAUCUCGAAUUGUUGCUCUUCUUGAUGAUAAAAGGGAUGCUAUUAGAAAUGAGGCUAUUUUGCUUUUAACUUCUAUUUCUAAUGAUAAUAUUGAAUUGCAAAAAAGGGCUGUUUUCGAAAAUGUGUUUGAUCGUAUUUUAACUAUUAUACAUAAUGAAGGAGGUCUUUUGUAUGGGAACCUUAUUGUUUUUGAUUGUUUGGUUUUAUUGCAGAAUCUUGUGCGUUAUAAUUAUAGUAAUCAAAAUUGGUUUCGAGAAAUGGGAUUUUUUAGUAAAAUAAAAGAAUUAUUAGAUGAGGUUUUCAAUGCAGACGAAAUUAAGAUGUUGCAGGAAAAGCAGAAACUCGUUAAUAUUUCUACUGUUUUGGAGUUUAUAAGAUUAUUUGUUCCUAAAGAAACUUUGGGGAAUACUCUUAAUCAAAAUGCUAUUCUUAAAGAAGGCGUUUUCGUUAGGAUAAUAGAAUUGUCUUUUUUGUUUGAUGUACCAUUUGCGCUUCAAGCAGAGGCAGUAAAAACAUGUGGUUAUCUUAUUAAAGGAAAUAUAGAUAGUCAAAAAUUUUUUUCGAAGAGUUUUUUAUCUUUGAACAAUAUGCAAUUUUCUCCUAAGUCUGAAUAUAUUAUUAUACAGCAUUUAUUUUCUAUUGCUCUUUUUUCCCUUAAAUCUAAUUUUUCUUUGAGACUGGCCUGUUGUCACUUUCUUCAAUCUUACAUUUGCUGUAAUUCUUCAAAACAAAUUGAUAUUUUGGUUUAUAUUAUUGAUAUGUUUAAAAAGAAUGAUUUUUCUGAGUCUUAUUUAUGUAAUCCCUUAACUAUUAUCUUAGUAUUUAACCAAGGGAAAAAAUCAGGCUGUGAAAUUUGGUUUUCAUGUGUUAUGUUAAUGCAUAUUAUUGAGGAGAAUCUUGAAGCAAAAAAACUUAUUAGGGAAAUUGUUAUAGGUGAUCCUAGUUUAGGGGAAGAGCCUGUGUCAUGUAUUCAUGUAAUAUCUGCCAAUUUAGUUAGUUCUUUGGGUUAUUCAUUUGAAUAUCGAGCAAGCGUUGCAUAUUUUAUGUUAUUAAUAUUCUGGCUUUUUGAUGAUAAUGAAUCUGUAUCUGAAUUUCUUAAUGAAGGGAGCACUGUUCAAUAUUUAAUUUCAGUUCUUCAGAAUUCAAAAAUAGGAAUAAUAUUGCAGGGUCUUGCUGCUGUUCUUCUGGCUAUUGUAUAUCAUUUUACAGAUGAGUUAUCUGCUAUUCCUAGAGAAUUAUUAAAGCGUCUUAUUGAUCGCAUUGGACGUGAUUCUUUUGUUAAUCGAAUUAUUCAGUUUAAAGAACAUCCUCAGUUAAGAGAUUGCAUGUUACUGGAUUAUAAAGAAAAUAUUGAUGACAUAUACUUUGAAGAUACAUUUAUCACUUUUUUUAGGGAUAAUUAUGGAAUAAUUCGAAAAUCUAUAGAUAAAGAUCCACAUUUAUCUUUACAAACUAAAAAAAUUAGCAUUGAAAAUGAAGAAUUAACUAAGAAUAAUGCUUUUUUGGCGAAUGAGCUUGAAAGAAAAGAACUUAAAUUACAGUUAUUACAAGAAGAAAAGGAAAAUUAUAUUCGAGAACAUAAUACAAAAGUUGAAAAUCUUGUAAUGGAGUUGGAAGUGGGAAAACAGAACAUAAAUGACAUGGAAAAACAAUUUAUUCAAAAAGGUAGUGAUUUUGAAUCUAGUUUAAAAAAGUUUCAGGAAGAAAUUAAUAACUUGUUACUUGAGAAAAAAGAUCUUUCUUUGUCUUUAGAAGAUGCAAAGAAAGAAUUAGCUAAUAUUGUUGAAUUAAAGAAAAAGGAGGCUGAAGAUUUCGCUGUUAUUGUUAAUGAUCUUGAAAAGGAUCUUACGUAUUAUCGCGAAUUAUCUUAUGAGGUUUCAGAUUUGAGAUCUCUUAGAGAUUCAUUGCAGCUGCAAUUAUCUCAAGAAAAAAUGUCUUUGGAAUCUUUUAAAAAUGAUUUUUCGCAAUUAAAAAAACAGGAACAUAAGUUAAUGAAUGAAAUAUUGGAAUUAAAGGAUCAGAAAAAUGAGCUUGAAAAGAAACUUAAAGAAAUUGAUGAAUCAUGGUUGUUGGUAGUAGAAGAACUUGAAAAAAAAAGAAAAAGAGACAAAUGUCGCUUAAAAGAAUUAGGUGACAUAGUAUCAGAAACCGACAAUGAAAGUGAAAAUGAUCAGUGAGAAUAGACAUAAUGGAAGAAUACUUCAAAAGUAAUAGUUGAUCAUG